AUGCAGGUGAGGGCGCCCCGGGCAGGACAGGGUAGGGCGCGGGGCCCCGCAGGCCGCGGCCCGGGCGGCCAUGCCCAGGAGGCGGCGGGCGGGAGCGGAGGCAGGCGGCGGGAGGAGGAGAGCUACGAUUUCCUCUUCAAGCUGGUGCUCAUCGGCGACGCCAGCGUGGGAAAGACCUGCCUGGUGCAGCGCUUCAAGACCGGGGCCUUCGCCGAGCGCCAGGGCAGCACCAUUGGCGUGGACUUCACCAUGAAGAGCCUGGAGAUCCAGGGCAAGCGGGUGAAGCUGCAGAUCUGGGACACAGCUGGCCAGGAGAGAUUCCGAACUAUUACCCAGAGUUACUACCGAAGCGCCAAUGGAGCAAUCCUUGCCUAUGAUAUCAGCAAGAGAGGUUCUUUUCAAUCCAUUCCUCGCUGGAUCGAGGAUGUGAGAAAGUAUGCGGGUUCCAACAUUGUACAAUUAUUGAUUGGAAACAAAUCUGACCUAAGUGACCUUCGAGAGGUUCAGCUAGAAGAAGCUCAAAGUUUGGCUGAACAUUAUGAUAUCAUCUGUGCCAUAGAGACCUCUGCAAAAGACUCCAGCAACGUGGAAGAGGCUUUUGUGAAGAUGGCCACAGAGCUCAUGAUGAGGCAUGGAGGCCCAAUGUUUAGUGAGAAGAGUACUGACAGCAUCAAGCUUGACAGCAAAGACAUUGUAGAAGGCUGGGGGUGUGGUUGCUGAUACAAGCUAGGUGAUUUCCUAAUCUUUACUGGAAUUUAGAUGGUGCUUCACCCUAAUGCUGAGUAGCACAGUAACCAUAUUCUCCUCUUCCUGUGAAACCAGCAAUUUUGUAGAAGUUAGACACAAUCCUGUUUGUUUUGGUGUCUUAUUUUAAAAAGGGACUCUUGAGAUGUAGUCCUAAGAGUCAAACCCUCUGAAAAACUUAUUCUAC